UUUUAAUACGAUCGAAGGCUGCAAUGGUUGCUAGGGGUCACAACAACAAAAAUAGCAAAAACUAAACAAUAAUCUUCUUUCAGAGUAACUGAAUACAUUUUAACAGAGUUAAGAAUCAUUCCAUGCUUGGAAAUCACUGAGUACUGUUCAAAGUAGGACUCUCAAGAGGAGCUGUACUUACGAAAAGCCAAAGCAGUCUUCAUGUGGUCAGCGAUAUAUGAUGGUAAGAUGCAAAACAGCUGUCCCACUGCCGGAAAAAGACAUUAAAAUAAACAAUAGGCAUUCGUUUAAAAAACCUGACUCAUUUAAAAAUUAUUUUAGUAAUGACAUGCAGUUUUCAGUUCAUUAUACUACACUAAACAGCAGAUUUCUGCUUCAUCCAAGUCUAUAUAGGAUUAAUUUUAGCAAGUUAAUGUUUAGAUUUGCUGUCGGAUCACGAUCAUCCUGUUGAGGAAUGUGCAAGAUACAUACACAUGUAUCUCUUCACACUGUAACACUCAGGGUACUUAAACGUGACAAACUGUUCCCACAGGAACACAUAUUGUAAAUAAACUUCAAGCAUGUGAGAUGUACAGUACUUAUGAGCCUCUGUGUCGCAGGAACCAUUUGUCCAGUCUCUGCAACAGCAGAAUAGAUAUAAUAUACCAAAUAUAAUUAAAUCAAACCACUGUGACGCAGAAAAUAAACAGGAUACUGUAAAUUACAGUAAGGAAUCAUUGCACUGUGGCCAUAAGGUUUCCUGUUAGAGUGUAAUGAUAGGGCUUUCAUGGGACUAAUCAUACAGCAGAGACGCACCGCGCGCGAGCCCACAAAGAGACUGGAACCCAUCCAGGAGGUGGCAGAGGAACGAAAACACAGAGAGCAACUCCAUGCAGUUCUCACGGGCCUCAUCAAACAGCCUAGUGCACUUCUGAUAUGGCAGACCCAGGUUGUCAUUACACACAUCACCAAUAUUCGCCAAGAAGUGGAGUACAUUUCUUAAAGUACGGGCUGAAAAGGAAACAGAGAGACAGAGGAACUUCAAAUAAGCCUAAACCUCAAACCUCAGUACAUGAAAUGAAAGACCAAAGGACAAUGUCAUUUGGCCAAUUUAUUCACUCACAGACAUGCCGCACAGAUUCCGUCAGAGCUCUGAUGAAGUUUUGUGCUCGCCCUGCCAUUGAGUAAGCGUUCCUCGCCAUCUGUUUUAUCUUACUCAGGGCCGCUAAACAAAGACGUUUUCAACAUAUAAAAAAAAAUAUAUAAUGCACUACUGUAAUUUUCAAAGUCAACCAGAAGACCCUGAUUACCUGAUUUACAUGGGUUUCAGUAGAGUUAGAAUUAUAUUGGAAAGUAGAUCUAUGCUUGUGUGUUUAUGUAUUUUAUAUUAAUUUAACAUAUUGAAUAAUAUUUAUUUGUGGACUAUCCGUUAGUUAUUAUGAUGCGAAUUUUAAAAUAAUUUCUCUACUUUGAGCAGAUGAUUGUGUUUUUGAAAGAGGUGCAUUGUUGAUAUCUUUGACAUGAUGCUCUUGUGGAUAGACUCACGCAGAAGUGGGUUGGCAGCACGCUGCAGUAGCUGUUGCGUCUGAUUCAUGGCAGUUUCUACACCGCAGAUCACACUGUCUGCAGCCCGUUCAACAUUUUCCAUUGUGUUGCUCACGGGGCCUUGGAUAACCAAGGUACAGAUGAGGAAAAGGAGGAAAUUUUUACCCUUGACUUAAAGACAAAGAGAUGCACUGUUAUGUGCAGUAGAAACCAGCAAUGGAGUGCCUUGGGGAAAUCCAAACUAAAUUACCCCACUCAACUUUGGAGCAGGUGUGUAAGCGUAUUCUGCCACCUGGAGUUUAUAAAUUCCUGUUUGGCCCACUGUCAGAGUUUCCUGUGGUUCGACGUCUCACAGGCAUUUUGUUUGGAGCUCUGAGUGGAGUGGGAUUGUUUUUUGGUCUCCUGCAAAAUAUUGCCAUGACAACAGUACAACGUGUUGUUGUAGGAUGUGUGUUCGUGGCUUUAUGUAGUCUUGGAGGCAUGUUUUCCUCACUGUUUCGCUGCUCCGUCCUCCUGAUGUUUCCUAGUAUGAUUGGAUCUCAAGGUCGGACAUUCCUGAUGAUUUAUGUGUUGCAUGGACUUUACCAAGGCCCCAUUGUAAACAUCCAGCGUAAUGUGCAAGACGUGGCCUCCUCCAUGGGCUGUAACAUAGACCUGCAGAUCACACACAGCAAAGUGAUGUGGAGAAUGCUGACAGAGCCUUAUGUGCAAGUAGUGCAGGAAAUAGUGAAUGACAGUGGAGAAUUUCAAGAAGAGACUCAAAAUGUGAGCAAACAGUUCCAGAACAUUCGGGAUGAGGUAAUGGGUCAGUACGGAUAUGACAGUCUUGGUAAGGAGUCUGCCCAUACAUCCAACAGCACCCAGGAGGAGUAUGUAGUGAAGACUAGAGCUCGCUGUGAUUAUGUGGUACAGGAAGGAAUUGGCCGGUGUCAGGAAUGGUUCAAUGUUAAGUGGGAAGAGUGUAUGAAUACCAUUCAAGCCCCUCUUAUAAACCACUUCCUCUGCGUACCUUUGCAUUUCCACUUUCUGUGUAAUAUCAUGAGAGUGAUGACAUCAUGGUGCGGCGAGAAGAUCCCAGUUGAGGGAAACUUUGGUCAGACCUUCGACAAACUAAACGACUCCAUCAAUAGGCUUGCAGAACACUUCACCACCAACGUAGUGCUUGAGAAAUUGGAGCAGCAAUCAGUGUUUGGAGUGGACAUCCUCCAGGAUUUCUCUAAGGAGCUGAGCCGUGUGUUUCAGGAGAAAACAAUCAUUGCUGAGAAGAUAGCUGGGGUUAUUAACUUCCUUCUUUCAUUCACCUUCAUCACUGUGUUCACCUCAGCAUUUGGAUAUGUUCGUCAGUAUUGCAGAAACAUUCAUUUUGACAAUGUCUACAUAACAACCUACUUCAGACAGAUUGAUGCUCGCAGAAUGGGAGCUGGAAAGAGGCAUUUGCUCCCACUGAAGAAAUCAGAGCGUGAGAGUUUGAUCAACCCAUGGAGUUUAUCUAUCCACCCCAGUGAGCUCAUGCCUGUGAUUGUGGGCUUCCUGCAGGUUGCAUCUCUGGCUCUGUUUGUAUGUGUUCUGCUUGCUGUUGACGGAAUCCUGUACAACAUCUUUGACCUCAUCCGAAGACACACUUUCACCACAUAUUCAGUUACUGGUGUUCAUCACAUAGACAUUGUAAUUGGUGGAGAUUCCAUGUUAGCCAGACUUCUGCGGAAAACCAUUGGUGCCUUUAACACCUCCUCCAAUCUUGAUGUGCAAUCCAGUAACUUCCAAUGUUUGCCCCAGCCACAUCCUCUGAGUCAGUCAAACUACUUCUGGAUCUUCAUCCCCCUUUUACUGAUGUGCCUCAUGUGCUGCCUGCAGGUGUACACCAAUCGUCUGCGCAGGGUCAUCACCGCAUUCUACUUCCCGAAGAGAGAAAAGAGACGGAUCCUCUUCCUCUACAACCUACAGAUCCAGAAACGUAUCUUCUUCAUCAAAAGACAACGCCAUCGGCUGAGAAAUCAAAAACAGACAUUUAUAAAGGUGCUGUCAGCUGUGUUGGCCCCACUGAAGCGCGUGGGCUGUAGGCUGCGCUGGUGCUGGGUGUGUGAUGAGUUUGUAAGUCAGAACCAGGCUGUGGAGUGCAGUUCUGCAGGCUGCACAAUGAUCUAUUGUCAGCAAUGCUGGACAGACCUGGACAACAUCUGCUACGCCUGCUUCCCUCAGCAAUCUGGACAGCAAGACAGCGGCUCUGAAUCUGAUGUGUACUAUGGCUGCUGAUGAAGAUGCAACAUUGUCACAGCCUCAAACUGCAUGAAUUUCUGAUAUUUUAAGUGAAAAAAAAAAAACAUUUUUUGAUAGAAAAUACUGAAGUGCUUUGAAACACUCAAUUCUAUGUGUUGAUGUAAUUUCAACUGAAACAGGAAGACAGGGCAGGACAUGUCAAGUUGUCCCACCCUCUUUUUUA